AUGGCUGGUGGAGAGGAAGCCACUAACCUCCCUAUACCCAAGUCAGGGACAACUGACAUAUACAACGCCAUAUCCUUUGAUGGCGGAGGCAUCAAAGGCAUAUCGAGUAUGGUCAUUCUCAAGAAAAUCAUGGACAGAGUCCAAGAAAUCGAGAAUGCGGCAAGAGUGGAAAAGGGAAAGCCGGAAGAUCUGACCGAGCGAAAACCAGUGGACUAUUUUGAUAUUGCAGGCGGCACUAGUACAGGAGGGUUGAUUGCUCUCAUGUUGUUUCGUUUGGAGAUGAACUGUACCCAAGUCAUUGCCUCGUACAAUGACCUGGCAAAACUAGUCUUCCAACCCAAAUUUGGGGUCAUCCCACUUCACAAACUAGGCCGAUUCGGUGUCUGGUUUGGCAACCGCUGGCUCAGCGUGAAAGCCCUGUGUGGUCUUGAGAAGUACUCUCACAAGCCUCUGGAGCAGGCGAUAGAUACCGUGGUUGGAAAUCAUCCAUUAGAUGAGGAUGAUCGGACGAACAAAGGCAAUGCUCCUCUACUCAAGGCGAGCAAAGGUCAAAUGUUCAUGUGCGCCACCCUGGCAGAUAGGGGGGAGAGUAUCCUUUUGCGCAACUACGCACCAGAAUUUGCACCGCUUCCCAUCUCGACCGGCGCGACAACCUUGGAUUUUAGCAGAAUCACGAUCAAAGAAGCAGCCCGUGCCACCUCGGCUGCUCCUACGUACCUCAAGCAAACAAACAUCCAGGGCUUGAAUUUCUGGGAUGGUGGACUACUCAACAACAACCCAAUCGAUCAAGUGUGGGACAAUAGAUAUGACCUUGUGGGCCACAAUGAUCCAUCGCCCCCCCUCAAGUGCAUAGUGAGCUUGGGCACCACACACCCUGAGUACAAAAAGGCCCCCAAGAAGAAUUUCAUCGCCAAGUUCUUCAACACAUUAUCAAAGACUGUCGCCUUUGCGACUAACACGGAAGCCAAGCAUCGAGACUUUGAGCGUAAUAUGCAACAGUUCAACCGGCGACGGGUAGCUCGUGGUAGGGGUGAUAGACAAACCUUUUACUACCGGUUUAAUGCGUCGACUGGGGCAAAGUCCUACGGGCUCGCAGACUAUUUGGGCAUGCCAGCCCUUGUUGCGUUCACUGAGACCUAUCUCGAGACUGAAGUUGUUAGGAGAUGGAUAGACGAGUGUGCGAAGCACCUUGCAAAGGUGUAG